CGCUGCCCCCCGCGCAUGCGCGGAGCCGCCCGCAGCACGGCGACGUCCGCUCCUCGCCAGGUGCUUCCGGAUCGCGUCCGUGCGGGGCGGCGGCUCGGCGGCUGCUACGGGCGCUCGGCGGUGCUAAGGGGUCUGCCGGGGGUUUAUUUUAUUGUACAAGCUCUUUGCUGCCAUAAUGAGGCUUGUCAUUCUUGAAGACUAUGAUCAGGCAAGUGAAUGGGCAGCCAAAUACAUCUGCAAUCGUAUUAUCCAGUUCAAGCCCACUCAAGGGAGGUACUUCACACUUGGCCUACCGACAGGAAGUACACCUUUGGGAUGCUACAAAAAGCUGAUAGAAUAUCACAAGAAUGGAGAUCUCUCUUUCAAAUAUGUGAAGACUUUCAACAUGGAUGAAUACGUAGGACUUCCCAGGAAUCAUCCAGAGAGUUAUCAUUCAUAUAUGUGGAAUAACUUCUUUAAACAUAUUGACAUAGAUCCAAAUAAUGCUCAUAUUCUUGAUGGGAACGCUCCAGACUUACAGGUGGAAUGUGAUGCAUUUGAAAAGAAAAUUGAAGAAGCAGGAGGGAUUGAUCUGUUUGUUGGAGGCAUUGGUCCAGAUGGCCACAUUGCAUUCAAUGAACCCGGAUCAAGUUUGUCUUCAAGAACAAGAUUAAAGACUUUAGCAAUGGACACCAUUUUGGCAAAUGCUAAAUACUUUGAUGGAGACUUAUCUAAAGUACCAACUAUGGCGCUAACGGUUGGUGUGGGUACAGUGAUGGAUGCUAGAGAAGUGAUGAUUCUUAUAACAGGUGCACAUAAAGCUUUUGCAUUAUACAAAGCUAUUGAAGAAGGUGUCAAUCAUAUGUGGACAGUUUCUGCUUUCCAGCAGCACCCUCGUACUAUCUUCGUGUGUGAUGAAGAUGCUACUUUAGAACUAAGAGUUAAAACUGUGAAGUACUUCAAAGGUUUAAUGCAUGUGCACAAUAAACUCGUGGACCCUCUGUACAGUAUGAAAGAAAACUGAAAGAAGAAUUGAAGAAGAACUGCAUGUGGGUCAACAGCAACAGUUUUAGGUAGCAGAUGAGUUCACUGCUAUGCAAUAUACUGAAAACUGUUUAAAAUGGGAAUCCUAGGUACUGUAUUUUUUUUUUUUUAAAAGGUCCAAUAUAUGUACAUUCACAUUCCAUCUCUAUUUGGUGUUGUGCAUUUUGCCUUGAUAUUUAUAACUCUGGCUGUUACAGUAACUAAAUGGAACAGAACAAAUCUGUGGAAGACUGCAUGUUAUGUAGGGGUGGAGGGGGGUGGGACAGAGCACUUAUUUUAGCACAGCAAUGCAUUGCAUCUGCCUGUUAGAGGAAGUGAUAGUUUAUUUUCAAUAAUCUGUAAUUGUGGCCUCCAUUAGUGCAACUACACUUUGCAUUUGUAUUCCUAGGCAGAAUGGUUUUGGCCUUUGUUAAAUACUAUGGAUUUUUGCUGUGCAAUUUUUACUAUGAAAUGUUCUGUUUACAUAAUGCACACUAAGCUUUUGCACUUGAUUGCCUUAAAUUUAAUCUUAUACAAACAGUUUUUGGGCAUCUUGAGUCCUGCUGUACAAUUCAGGCAAAUAAAAAUAUGAAAAACAGUGCCUAAAACUGCACCCGAUUCUUAAAGUGUUAUAACUUAUUCUGGUUACUUACAUUAAAUGUUUGCCAUAGCACUUUUUCUUCUCAUGUGUUUCAAAUUACUUUAGGGUUUUUAUAUUUUUAGUAAUUGUGCUUUAUAUAGAAGGAAAGAUCUAAAUGUUCCUUUCUGUAUGUACCUGUUUAAUUGUAUUGGAUGGUGUCAUUAAAUGCCUAGAAUGAGGUUAACUUACAGGAACACGGACUCUACAAAUUCAAAUGGUAGUGUAUUAAAGUCUGCUGUUAACCACUCUGUAAUAAUUACCUCUUACUGUAUUGCUAUAAAUACUGAACUGUCACAAGGAAUGUUAUUUCCCACUUUGAAUAAGUAAAACUUAAAUCUAAAUCUAUCUUUUUCCAAAUUGUUUUGUUUCUGAGGUAAAGCGGAGAGAUCAAGUAUUUUGUCAUCUUCAUGUAAGGAAGAGACUAAGAACCAAUUGUGGUUUUUAUAAUUUUUGUGAUCCACUGACAGAGCCUAAUUUGAAGAAUUUAAGUUUUUCACUUAAACAAUAAUUUGUUUUGUUGUGUAGUCUUGUGCUUUAAAAAAAAAAAAAGUAGUUGUCUACAAUGUGCUUAUGGAAGAAUUCUUGUUAGUUUAGAACAGACCUUGAACUAUGGUAUGUAUUUGCUGCCUUAAAUGAUAAAAACAAAUUUUGCCACUAUCAUAAACUGAAAUAUUUGUUUAAAGUAGGUAUAGACUUAACACAACACAAAGUACAAAAUUAUCUGUUGGACCAUACUGCUAGUUGAAUUUCUGAUUUUGGUAUGGUAACUUCUUGUUUGUAGACAUGCAAAACCCAAAGGUAGUUUGCUCUGAGUAGCCUAUGCUCUUAUCUUUUCAAAUAAACAUGAGCAGCCAGGUACUACAUAAUUGUAUUCUAGCCUAAGUCUUGGCAUGUGAAAUCUGAGUAAGAUAUUCUAGGUCACUUAAGUCAAGUUUUGGUACUUACAUCUUAACUUAAAGAGUGUCCUUUUGUGUCACUAUUACUAUAAUAGGAUGAUAAACUUUACGAAGUUUUAUGCAUAGAUUUUCUAGUUUUUUCUAGCUUUUAGCAUGUCACUAUACACUGAACUUAAGUAGACCAGUAUGGAAGACUUGAAUCAAUCUUACUUGCUGAGAAAUGUGUAGUUUGUUUUUCCUGUUGUGAUUCCCCUCAACAUCAUUAUUUCCUGCUGAGAACCUUUAGCAAGUAAAACAGUGUAGCUUGAAACUUUUGUGACUUAAA